AUGGCUCCUAACAAGGCCAAGGCCAACGGCGAAGACACAAGACUGUCCCAGCGAGAGAUCGAAAUCGUGGCCGUGGCGUGGUGUUCUGUUAAGUCAAUCAAGGAUGGAAAGGCAAUCCUGGACAUGAACCAACUCGUCGACAAAGGCCUGUACAAGUCCGUAGACUCAGCCCGGCACUGCUGGCGCCCCAUCGAGAACAAGCUCCUCAAGAUCGCCGCGGCCGUGAAGUCGCACCCCGGAAACAACGAGUCCGGCGCUCCUGCCGGAAACAGUAUCACCGCUGCGGCGCCUGCCCCGCGCACCCCCGUCAAAGCCAUGAAAGGCGCCUCGGGAAAGCGCAAGCUCAAGGUGUUCAGCGACGCCGAGGAUGACGACGAGGAGUACAAGGACGCCGCCGCCGCCGCCGCCGCAGCCAAGGAAGGAGGUGUAGGAGAAGGUGGGGGAUUAGGAGGUGGGGUCAGGAAGUCGCGCCGCACCGCUCUGCCUAAGCCUAAGAUGGCGCCGAAGAAGACGACUGGCGCUAUCGCUCACGCCGCUGCUGCGAAGACUAAGGGCGCGGGUGCGGGGAAGAAGAGGUUGGUGCCGACUAAGCUUGAGGAGACCGAGGGCGGGUAUGAUGAGUUUGAGAGUUUCUCUGAGGUUGGCGAUGGGGAGGCUUGA